AUGUCUUCGGUGAUAAACCUAGAAAAACAUCGAAUUCCACUGAACGAGAUCAUUCGUGCCACAAAAAACUUCAGUUUAGAAGUUGUAGUCGGAGAUGGUGGAUUUGGUAUGGUCUACAGAGGACGGCUCUCUAACCAUUGGGAAAACCAGCUAGUAGCCAUCAAACGCCUUGAUGGUAAUCUUUAUCAAGGAAACAAAGAGUUCCAUAAUGAACUCAAGUUGGUUUCAAGUUUCAACCAUACAAACAUCAUCCCAUUCGUUGGCUACUGUGAUGAUGCAAAUGAGAAAAUUAUAGUUUACAAGUAUGCUACAAACAGAAGCCUUGAUUAUCACCUCCGAGACCUAAAUAUGAGGCGUUGCCUAACAUGGGCACAACGCCUGAAGAUCUGCUUGGGGGCAGCAAGAGGUUUAAAGUACCUUCACUCAGGUGUUGGGGAACACAGGAGAGUAAUUCAUAGAGAUAUGAAGAGUGCAAAUAUUUUGUUAGAUGAUACUCUGGAAGCCAAAAUAUGUGAUUUUGGUUUGUCAAGAUUAGGUCCAAGAAAUCAGCCACAGACCUAUGUCCGUACAAGGCCUUCUGGUACAAGGUAUUACAUUGAUCCAAUUUACAACGAAAGAGGUAGGCUCUCUAAAGAGUCCGAUGUUUACUCAUUUGGAGUGGUAAUGUUUGAAAUGUCGAGUGGGAUGAUGGCUUAUGAAAAGGGCGUUGGAGAUGCUAAUGAACGAUAUCUAAUCGACAUAGUUAGAAGCCACUAUGACGACCAUAAACUUGUUGGCGGACUUGACCAGUUAAUGGACCCCUUUAUCAGAGGUCAUAUUAAUAUGAGUUCUUUUGUUAAAUUUAACAAAAUUGCACAUGAGUGCAUUAACUUGGACUUAAGGAAACGCCCUACAUUAGAUAGGAUCAUCAAGACGAUUGGGGAAGCCAUGAAUAUUCAAGUGGAAGAGGUGAUGAUGGUUCAGGUGACAAAUCUGACAAUGGUUGGUCGGUUGGUGGCGGAGGUGGUGGUACUGAUGGUGGCAAUGGCGGUUGUGACGGUGGCGGUGACAGUUUUAGUGGUGGGGGAGUGGCUAAGGAAAAAAAGAACGGAAAAAAGCUAUCUGGAAUAUUAA